ACGCAAAAGUAAGUUAAUGAGAGUUAUAUGGUAUAGUGGAGAAAAGGACUUUUGGGAAAGAAAAAAAUAUACAUAGAGACCAUAAUUAAUUUUGGAGAUGUGAAACUUGCUGACCAAGUCCCUUCCUCUGUAUUAAUGGAGGGUUUUAGAUGUGAACAUCACCAAUUCUUCAAUUAGGUUUUUGUUUUCUCGUUCUUUCUUUCUUUCUUUCUUAAUUCUCUUGCUCUCUUUUAAGAAUCAUGUCUCUGCUUCUCAGCCAGCCCUCGACGCUCUGCUUUCGGAAACCUGUCUUUGUAAGAUCUUCUCCUAUUCACUCUAAUAAUAUCUUCUUAUCUACUUCUUUGCCGCAAACUCCUCCUUGUGUGAUCAUGUACGUUGAUCCUUGUGGAGCUGAUCCCGGAAAACUCGUGAUUAGGAGGGCUGGUGACAGCACUCCUCUGGAAAAGAAUUUGCCGAUGGAGUUGACAAACGAAAUGAGAACGAUCGGAUCAUCCAAUGGAUGGCUAACUACUUUGAAGGACGGCGUGAUAGGUCUCCAAGACAUUGAUCUAAACCUGGUUGCAUCGGAUGCAGAUCCAAAACGUAUUUCUCUGCCUCCUCUUGUGACUCUUCCUCAUUGCCAAACCCAAAUCGUCACCAACGUGGCAAUGUCCUCAUCUUCUCCCAAGGAUGAAGACUGUGUUGUGGCUGUCAAGUUCUUGGGGCCUCAGCUCAGCUUUUUCAGACCCGCUCAGAGUAACUCCGAGUGGAUCAACAUUAGAGUCGAAAAUCCUUGCUUCUUCUCUUCCCCUGUCAUGUAUUCCAAGAGAGAUGACAUGUUUCACAUACCUGGAUCUGGAGGCCACCUCAUCGCAUCAUGGGAUCUCACAAAACAUGUCAACAAACCCAAGUUUCAGAGGUUGGGGUUCAGAAAGAUUCCCAAUAUGACCAAAGACAACAAAAGGCUUCUAGAUUCGUGCUGCAAGAGCGAACACUUGGUGGAGUCAAGAACCACCGGUGAAACUUUCAUGGUUAAGUUGUACAAGAAGACAGCCGAGACCAGCGACGGAAUUGCGAAAAAAAUGCAGACAGUAGCUUUAAUGGUGUUCAAGCUAGAUGAUAAAGGAAGCGCUGUUUACACUCAAGACAUUGGAGAUCUCUCCAUUUUCCUCACAAAGUCUGAACCUUUCUGUGUCCCCUCCAGCUCUUUUCCCGACAUGUAUCCUAACCAUGUCAAAAUCUUGGAUGUCGAUGAAACCGCAAUUGUCAAUCUAGCUGAGCAAAAGUGGAAUUGCUAAGAGUCAAAAAUAUAUACUAGUUUGGUAUUGAGUUUGCCUGUGGAGUCUGUCUUUUUCUUCAAACAUCAAAUUUUUUUUUUUCAUA